AUGCUUCGAAAAGGCGAGAUUGACGAGCGUAUGUUCAUUCCUACUGAUACUGCUACUAUAUUCGAUCCUGCUUUUGACUCUUCUGCCGUAGAACUCCUUCGACGCGGGUCCACUGAAAAUAGAUUUGCUGAUGCCGAACUUCUCCUAACAAUGUCCACCCAGAACUGCCUGGAGAAGCUUGCAGAUGUCAAGCGACCACCAUCUAGAAGCGACGCGAAAAGCUAUGUAAUUUCUUCCCAGCAGCUUCGACCACUAUGUCCAAUGACUCACGCAGAUACAACGGCUAGUCCCACUCAAAAGCUGAAUCCCUUAGUUCCCAGUGACUUUAAACUAGAAGGAUCCUCUCUGCAA